AUGCCGCACGAGAUGGAGGAGAAUGGUGCUGAGGUCUCAGAUGUCAUGUCUGAGAACGAGGACGACGAGAUCUAUCUCAAAGACGAGAAAAUGACGGACCAAGACGGCAACACCAUGGUCAAGAAGAAGUACGACCCAAAGGAUCCUCUGCGACCCAGGAGGAAGAAGGCAAGACGAGCGUGCUUUGCCUGUCAAAGAGCCCAUCUGACCUGUGGAGACGAGAGACCCUGUCAAAGGUGCAUCAAGCGCGGCCUCGCCGACGCCUGUCAGGACGGUGUUCGAAAGAAGGCCAAGUACCUCCACGAUGCUCCUCCGGAGGCCCUCCGCCCGGUCCUAGGCCCCAAUUACAAUCCCACGCCCACGCCCACUCGACCCAACGGCCAUCGCCAGAACUCCAGUCAAUCAGACAACAUGUCGACCGCGGGCAGCACCUUCUUCUCUCAAGGAAGCACUACUUCGUUUCCAGUCUACUCGGCUGGCGGACAGACGCCGGUUGCCAUCCCGGAUGGUAUGAAUUUCAAUACCCAAGCUUCCCCGACGUCCUUCCAGGGCCCCUCGCCCACUGCCCAGGCCCCGAUGGGCAACAUCAUGCCCACAAACCCGAUGGACUUUAAUGCUCUGUUCGAUCCCAGCAACCCGGCUUUGUACAACUUUGAUCUUGAGGGUCUCAACUUUGGCAGUCAGUACGCCGGAUGGGAGUUUGGAAUCCUCAACAAGAUGGCACUGGGAGCCGAGACACCUCCUAGGGAGAACUCCAUUUCACAGCCUUCCACAACUGAUGCCAGCUACGCCGCUCUCUUUGCCAACGGCAAUGGCUCAUCUUACGACCACCCCAUGAUCGGUGCUGACUUUUCUGGAAUGGACCACAACAACCAAUCGUUGUAUGCUCAGGGUAACCUCCAACACGGGCUACCCCACGCGUUUGCCAUUGCGGCGGGUCCAACGAGCCUUCACAGCCCCAGUACAGACACCACAGCGAGUCCCCAUUCAGGAGCAGGAAUGGAUGGGUCGCCCAACCAUAACUAUGCCGGUAUCCCAGGGGUCGCUGCCGCCCCGCCCCGGCAAAGGCCAAAGCACACGAGGACUGGCCCUCAGUCCAUCCUGGGCAAGAGACAGCGAGACUCAGCCGCCAUCUAUGAGAGUGUCAAGGAACCGUACCCAUACACAGCCGGGUUCCACAACAUGGUUGCCGUUCUGCGGAAGCGCCUGCCAGGCAACAAGCUCCUAAAGAUUGCCAAGUCCCUUGGCGAGAUCCGCCCUUCAUUCAUCUCAUGCACCAAGGACCUGACUCGCCAGGACCUCAUCUUCAUGGAAAAAUGCUUUCAGCGUACACUGGUUGAGUACGAUGAUUUUCUCCAGCACUGCUGCGCACCUACCGUCGUCUGUCGAAGAUCAGGCGAAGUUGCAGCUGCCAAUAAAGAGUUUACCGCCUUGACCGGCUGGACCAAGGAUAUCCUUCUAGGCAAGGAGCCCAACCGCAACGUUUACAACCGUUCGGCCAACGGUACAUCCUCCCAAGAGAGAGAUUCUCAGGGUGAGAUGACAACACCCCGUCCGCAGAAUGCGACGCUGGACUCGGGCGUUGCCCGAGUCCAGCCCGUGUUCCUCGCAGAGCUGCUCGAUGAUGACAGUGUUGUGGAGUUUUAUCACGACUUUUCACAGCUGGCUUUCGAGGAUAGCCGCGGCAAGGUGCAGAGGAGCUGCCGACUGGUCAAGUACAGGCCGGAGCAGAGCCUCGAGGCUAAAGAGGUAUCCCCUCACAAGGAGGCUCACACGAGCAUCCUCAGCAACCGGGUCACCCGAAUUGACGGUGAGCAUGGUAUCUCCAGGAUUGAAAAGGAUGGCAAGGUGGAAUGCACCUACUGCUGGACCAUCAAGCGGGACGUUUUUGAUAUUCCCAUGAUGAUCAUCAUGAAUUUCCUUCCACGAUACUAUCCGGAUCAAGGACCCCAGCAACUCGCAGUGUAA